AUGGCUGAUAGCCCCCAAACGUCAGUUAAAGAUUUAAUGGCAUCAAAGUUGCAGCAAUUGCAAGCAAAGGCCUGCCAUGCCUCACAGUUUGUGGCCAAGCAUGGAACGUCCUACUAUAAACAGUUGUUGGAGCAGAACAAGCAAUAUAUUCAAGAGCCACCUACUGUGGAGAAAUGUAAUGAAUUGGCCAAGCAGCUGUUCUACACUCGUCUUGCCAGCAUUCCCGGCCGUUCAGAGUCAUUUCGGAAGGAACUUGACUAUGUCAAGAACAUGUGGAAGCACAGGCAGGAGCUGAAGGUUGAGGAUGCUGGCAUUGCUGCUCUAUUCGGCCUUGAGUGUUUUGCAUGGUUUUGUGCUGGUGAAAUCGUUGGUAGAGGAUUUACAUUCACUGGUUACUAUCCCUGA